AUGCGCAAUUAUCUUUGGUUAGCAGUGCUCCUGGUGGUGGCCACCACCUGCGCCAACUCCAAGCCCCUGGUCUCCUUCGGUGUCGGCUAUCAUCAGCCCUAUUUGGGACCCCAGCCAGGACCCUACUACUACGGAGGUCCUUAUCAGGGAGGCAGCUACUACCACAACGGACCGGGUCCCUAUGGAUACCCCUAUCCGUAUGCCAAUCGCUAUGGUGCCCUCGAUGUCGGAAUCGGUGCCCUGUCGCUUUCCUCAUUUCUGCUUUGA